AUGAAUGGAAUUGGGGAUGAACCCAAGGACUUCAUUAAAUUGAGUGAAGGCAAGCUCUCAGCCGAUGAAGUGUCCGCCCUGGUGGUUUCUCCUUGCUGUGGGGCUGUGUCCCUGUUCAUAGGCACUACCAGGAAUAACUUUGAUGGGAAAAAGGUCAAGCACUUAGAAUAUGAAGCAUACGCACCCAUGGCUGAAGUGGAAAUCAAGAAAAUAUGCACAAAUAUAAGAUUAAAAUGGCCCUCGGUUAGACAUAUAGCAAUACACCACAGACUUGGUACGGUUCCCAUUAGCGAAGCGAGCGUGAUUGUAGCAAUCUCGACUCCUCACAGAACGGAAUCCCUGGAGGCUGUUCAGUACUGCAUCAAUACUUUAAAAACAACAGUACCUAUCUGGAAAAAGGAGGUCUAUGAAGAUGAAUAUUCCUGGAAAGAAAACAAGGAGUGCUUUUGGGCUAAGACAGUCAAAUAAAGUUCCUCCAACGCGGAAGAUAAUUUGGCAUAUUUGCAGGAAAUCUCACGAACAAAUGCACAAAGUAUUUCAAAGCAACUUUCUGUGUUAAGGCUUCAGUUCAGAUGGGUACCCAGUGGAUUUUUCCCACUUUUGUCAUAAUCCACUGGCAUUUGUCAGAAUACGAGUCUGACGAAUGGUAUUCUUCUGCACAUUUUGACGCCUGCGUUCUGUACUGAGUCAAUGAAUAUGCUGUGGGUUGUUGCAUGAAGUUUGCAGGAUUUUUUAUGCAUUCCUUUUCUGGUUUUGCAUUAAGCAUUUUGCAUUCUCAGAGCGUUUGCAAUCCUGAGCUAUGUUAGCCCUUUAGUACAAAAGCAUUUUCUAACAAAUCCUCAUCUUCGUUAUGAACACUACCAAUCCCAUAUGUGAAUGUUCGCACAUACCUUUUUACCACACUGUGUGAGCAGUGCCUUGGGCUUUCCCAUGUACUUAUAUAGAUAAUUAUACCAUGUAAAUUGGGCAAUUGAAGGUAUGACUAGCAGGAAUCCCACAAUGGCAGCAGCCUACCUAUCUAAAUUAGAAUAGUUGCCAGCUAUGCAUUUUCUACCUCAGGUGCUAAAGUUCUGUUCUAGCAAUUGCAUAAGAAAAUAAUACAUAAAGCCACUAAUACCCAAAAUUCUCUCAACAAGAUUGAGAAAUAUUUAUGCUUUGAUUCUGGAAAAGUUAGAAUUUACAAUAGAGCGGUGUAAAUAGGGUAAGGGGAAAUAAAGGCAAUAUAAAAGUAGGCUUAGGCCCCUUCCGUACAUCCAUGAUGUAGUCCAUAACAUCUGGAGGGCCGCGAGUUUGACACCUGUGAUCUAUACUGAAAACCUAAGCUGGCACCUCAUUGGAGUUCAAAAUGGUUCAUACAAGAGACCAAUCAGCUGGUCAGAAAUUCUGACUAGAGCGUCUCUAGUAAUCAACACCGUUUGAAAUACCAGGCGCAUCCAUACUGCCAGGUGUAUCCAAUUAGGAGUCAGCAGUGUAAUCUUGGAGAAAAGAGCACCAGCGCAGUGAUUCCAAAUUGAGCUCAGGAACGCGGGGCACAGAGCAAAACGCUUUGCGCGCUAACCGGUGCUUUCGACCAACGUUGUCUCCUUCAGUGCAUCAACGAUCCAUAAUUAAGUUGUUUGCAUUUGCAGUCAUAAACAAGCUGUUUGCACUUGUAGAAAGUUAUUAUCUAGCCAACCAGCUAAAGGAAAUUAUUCUAUAUCACUAAUAUAUGGAACUCGCUUACUUAGCUUUCAGCCUGGAAGGGAACAGGCAGGCUGCUUCUCCAGUCUGCUGUUUGUUAAAGUAAGUGUGUGGGGGGGGGGGGAGGCCACAGGGGGCCAUCACAGGGGGCGGGGGUGAUUUUCUGCCCCCAGGCGUGCGCCUGGUGCGACGCGCCCCCUGUGGCCCUCUGGUAGCUUUGCCUCUGACCUGAAGCUACUAAAACCCAUCCGCUAGGAUUGUGGCCCAAGACUUACUAUGCCUACUUAGCAAGGAGCAUUAGGCUACUGUGAAACAGAAGAUAAGCUGAACAAUCACAUCUGAUUUAAUAAUAUGAUAAUAAAGGCACUAAAGACGAAGGCAA